GGAGGAGGGGUUUAAAGCGAGGGGAGGGGGGGUUUCGCCCUACGCCCGUCUCGGAGCCGAAGACUUUUCACCAUGAGUGUGGAUUGGAUUGGCUUUGGUUAUGGGUUGGUCGUGGCUCUUGGCGGUAUCAUAGGAUAUAUUCGCAAAGGAAGUAAAAUCUCAUUGGUUGCUGGCCUUUUCUUUGGCUUGCUGGCUUGUUAUGGAGCAUAUUGGGUAACGCAUGAUCCCAAAGAUGUAAAGAUAUCAUUAUUCACAGCUUUUAUACUUACCACUAUAAUGGGAGUGAGGUUUAAAAGGACCAAGAAACUAAUGCCAGCUGGAAUCAUAGCAGGUCUCAGCCUGGUGAUGGUUGUGAGGCUUGUUUUCCGGCUCAUAUGAGAAAAGAGGCACUUUCAGAUGUCCACGGAAUCAUUGAAUUAUGGAUGUUCCUUCUGAAAGAUCAGCCAUUUUGGUUGUGAUUAUGAUGACAUAAAGGCAAGGUUAUUCCAGAUGGACUCAGAAAUCCAUUCAUUCCUUAGGUGUGUGGGGUUGCAUUCUUUAAUGUUUUAAGUAACAUUUUUUUGAUUUAUGUCUUUUUGAGACCAAUGACUAACUUGGCCUUUUAAUUAUUAUUUUAAUUUGUGGGAUAAAUUUUCAAUGUAUGCUUUAUUCUCCCUGGAAUGAAUAGAAGCCACAGGACUUUUAAAACUCAGGUUUGUCAUAUAUGGUAGCAUCUAAUAAAGUCAUACCCAGUCCUGGAUGAUGGUAAUUUCAUAGUUCAAGAUUUGGAAUAAUACAAAUUUAUGUAUAUGGAUUAUAUUGGAUUUCUAUCUUUGUAAGCCACCCAGAGUCACUGAGAGUGAGUUGGGUGACCAUAUAGAUUUUCAUAAAUAAAUAAAAUAAAUAAACCAAACAAUAAAUAAAUAUUAUAUUUCAGUUCCAUUAAAAUAUUAAUGAAUUCUGUAUUAAUUUCUUAUAAUACUAAAAAAUUAGCUCCAAAACAGGUCUUGCUUCUGUCUUGAAAUGCAAACAAAUACCAUAUUAAAAAUAAAAACACUUU